GUGAAACACUGAACGCAACGACACUUGACUUCUCUCUCAUUAUUUAAUUCAUUUGAAUUGAUAUUAUAAUUAAUUAAUUAAUUAAUUGAUUGACUUUUCAUUGAUUUAAGUUUCGUUUGAUUAUUAAAUCGUUUGUAUCAUUUGAAUCCGAGACUCGAGUGAAGUAUACAUAGAGUGAUAAAAAGAGUGAACAAUACUAUGAGUUAUAGUCACAAUGGACAACAGCAAGGUCUCGAACAGCAGUUUGCUGGUCUGGACCUAAACAGUGGAGUGGGCGCUUCAGGCAAAUACAUUCCUCCGCAUCUGCGGAACAGUCGUCCAAACGCUUACCAAAACCCAAACCCGGGUCCCGGUCCUCAACCACGCGAAGAGUACAGGACUGACAACAACCCCAUCCACUCGAGUGAACAAGGUCUCGAACAGCAGUUUGCUGGUCUGGACCUAAACAGUGGAUUGGGCUCUUCAGGCAAAUACAUUCCUCCGCAUCUGCGGAACAGUCGUCCAAACGCUUACCAAAACCCAAACCCGGGUCCCGGUCCUCAACCACGCGAAGAGUACAGGACUGACAACAACCCCAUCCGUCAGUCCCAACAGGAGUUCCACUCGCGACCCAACUAUCGCGGGAGAAACAGCGGGAAUCGCGGUUCGCGUCAAAACUCGGCUCCAAAUACUGGUUAUGUUAACCAAAACAAUGCUUACGAGAGACCCAACAAUCAGUUCGGAGGCUUCAAUAACGAGCGGCCGAAUAAUUUUCAGCAAAGACAGAGAAAGAUAAGCAAUGAGACGCCUCCUCGAGUGGCGUCCGAUCCCUUUGGCCGCUCAAACACGGACAGCAAUUGGAGAGAUCCAGAUGCGCCCAAACUUGAGCGCGAUGUCUAUGAAGGCACGCGACCAACUCGUACUCGAUAUGAUGACCACCGCUCCCAUUACGACGACUGGAGUACUCCUUUGGAGCGCAAUGAGGCUCAGGAGAGAUAUCUGUUCUCUUCAGGACACACGGGAAUCAAUUUCGACAAAUACGAAGACAUUCCCGUUGAGGCGACCGGACAUAACUGUCCCAAUCAUAUCGAGUCAUUUGAUGACAAAGAGAUGAAUCUGACGUCUAUUAUAGAGAUGAACGUAAAACUGGCACAAUAUUCAAGACCAACACCGGUCCAGAAGUACGCCAUUCCUAUCAUAUUAUCGAAACGCGAUUUGAUGGCAUGCGCGCAGACCGGGUCGGGUAAGACUGCGGCCUUUCUGUUGCCGAUUCUGAACCAAAUCUUUGAGAACGGAAGACCUAAGAGUUUCCCACCCGUACGUCCCGGAGCCAAAGUAAAACAGUAUCCGUUGGCAUUGAUUCUGUCGCCCACUCGGGAACUGGCGCUUCAGAUCUAUGACGAGGCCUGUAAGUUCGCCUACCGUUCACGUGUCAGGCCGUGCGUUGUUUAUGGCGGCGCCGAUCCCGUCCAGCAGAUGAAAGACUUGGACAGAGGCUGUCAGCUAUUGGUGGCCACUCCUGGGCGUUUGGUGGAUAUGACUGAAAGAGGAAAGAUAAGCCUAGAAAUGGUGCGCUAUUUGGUGUUAGACGAGGCCGACCGCAUGCUUGACAUGGGUUUUGAGCCACAGAUUCGAAGAAUAGUAUUAGAAGACAAUAUGCCUCCGACUGGUGUUCGUCAGACACUCAUGUUUUCGGCCACUUUUCCAAAGAAAGUUCAAGAGUUGGCCCGAAAUUUCCUCGACAAUUACAUCUUCUUAGCCGUGGGACGAGUGGGCAGUACUUCAGAAAACAUCACUCAGAAGAUUGUUUGGGUCGAAGAGGGCGACAAAAAGUCGUUUUUAUUGGACUUAUUGAAUGCCGCGGGUCUUAAGAACCAUAACCCACCGCUCGAUUCACUGACUCUGGUGUUUGUGGAGACCAAGAAAGGGGCCGAUUCUUUGGAGACAUUCCUGGAGAGAGACGGCUAUCCGGUGACCAGUAUUCACGGCGAUCGCUCCCAACGCGAGAGAGAGGAGGCGCUGAACUCGUUCCGUACGGGUCGGACCCCUAUUCUGGUGGCGACAGCAGUGGCGGCUCGCGGUCUCGACAUCCCUAAUGUGAAACACGUUAUAAACUUUGAUCUUCCGACCGAUAUUGAAGAGUAUGUGCAUCGCAUUGGAAGGACUGGAAGAGUAGGCAAUUUAGGGUUAGCCACGUCUUUCUUCAACGAGAAGAACAAGAACAUGGCUGUCGACCUGUGCGAACUCGUCAGCGAGACUAAGCAGGAGGUACCCAAUUGGCUGCAGGCCGUCAGCAAAGAAGUGCAGAGCGAACUGCGCUCUAGCAGUCAACGCAAGUACGGCAACAGUUACAAGAAGUUUGGCGCCGGAGGGUUUGGAUCACGAGAUUAUCGCCAAUUUGAUAGGGGAGGCAAUCAGCGAAACGCCGGCAAUGGACGGCCAAACAAUGGUCCCAACUAUGGAAGUGGCGGUCAAAACGACUCGCGUUUCCAGAGCUAUGGCAACACAGGUAUGCCUAACUAUAUGGUUCCCGUUCGCAACGGCUCUUACGGCGGAAACUACAGUUCGGGCGCUUCAGGUCCCGACUGGUGGGGCAACUGAUGGAAAGCCUAUAAUAUUUAUUUGGGAAACAGUCAUAUGUUUUGUUUGUAAUUCUUAUAACUACCGUAGAGUGGAGUUGAGGUCACAUCCAGUGCUAUGAAAGUAUCGAUUCAUUCCAUAAUUGAAUCUCAAUUUGAAUUAAAAUUUUAUUUUCAAUUCUAUGAAUAAGCAAAA